AUGUCGUCAGUCAGCGAGAAACCCCCUGCGCCCAUCGACCUAGGCAAGGUCCUCGUCGUCGGCGGCAAUGGUUUCCUAGGCCACCACGUCGUCAACCAGCUCCUCGCUGGUGACCGUUGGUCAGUCUCUUCCGUUGCUGUCAUCGACCUUCGCUGCGCCAACAACCGCAACGCCGGCGCGACCUAUCACGAGGCCGACAUCACCGACACCGACAAGAUCAAGUCGCUCUUCGAGGAGCUCAAGCCUGACGUUGUCAUCCACACCGCCUCACCCGCGCCCCAGGCUGACAGCGCCGUCGCCAAGGACCUCUUCCGCCGUGUCAAUGUUGAAGGCACGACCAGCAUCAUUGCCGCGUGCCAGGCCGCCUCUGUCAAGGCCCUUGUCUAUACUUCAUCUGCCAGUAUCAUCAGCGACAACUCGAGCGACCUGAUCAACGCUGAUGAGCGGUGGCCUGUCAUCCGCGGCGAGCAGCAGACGGAGUAUUACUCUGAGACCAAGGCCGCCGCAGAAGAACUGGUCCUCCAAGCAAACCGCCAAGACCCCUACCCCCUCCUCACAGCCGCAAUUCGCCCCGCAGGCAUCUUCGGUGAGGGCGACACCAUGCUCACCCACCAGCUCGUCAAGAUCUACCGCGAGGGCAAGACGGGCGUUCAGCUCGGCGACAACAAUAACCUUUUCGAUUUCACCUACGUCGGCAACGUGGCACACGCCCAUCUCCUAGCCGCCCGCCUCCUCCUCGCAACGGCCGCCGCCUCCACGCAGCCCCUGGACCACGAAAAGGUCGACGGCGAGGCGUUCCUCGUCACCAACAACAGCCCCAUCUACUUCUGGGACUUUGCCAGAGCUGUCUGGCGCGCCGCCGGUUCCGACAAGGGCACUGAGCACGUCUGGUCGAUCCCCCGCGAGAUCGGCAUCGUGUUGGGCUUCUGCUCCGAGGUUUUCUUCACCAUCAUCGGCAAGCCCCCCAUUUUCAACCGCCAGCGCAACAUCUACAGCUGCAUGACGCGUUACUACAACAUCAACAAGGCCAAGCGCCUGCUGGGCUACCGCCCCAUCGUCAGCCUGGAUGCCGGAAUCAAGCGGGGUGUACAGUGGUUCCUGGACCAGGAGAAGUCGGGUAAGGUCAGCAUCAAGGCAUGA